AAAGCUAAAACCCCCACCCACGCACGCGUUACACCUCUCCCGUCCCGUUUCGGCGUUUCCCCACACAACCACCGCGAUGGCCGCCGGCCGCCGCCUCCUCGUCCUCCUGGCCGUGUCCCUCGCCGCCGUCGCCGCCACCCGCGGCCACAACAUCACGGAGAUCCUCGACGGCUACUCCGAGUACUCGCUCUACAACAACUACCUCUCGCAGACCAAGGUGUGCGACGAGAUCAACAGCCGCAGCACCGUCACCUCCCUCGUCCUCACCAACGGCGCCAUGUCCUCCCUCGUCGCCAACCUCUCCCUCGCCGACGUCAAGAACGCGCUGCGCCUCCUCACCCUCCUCGACUACUACGACCCCAAGAAGCUGCACUCGCUCCACGGCGGCUCCGAGCUCACCACCACGCUCUACCAGACCACCGGCGACGCCUCCGGGGACAUGGGCCACGUCAACAUCACCAGCCUCCGCGGCGGCAAGGUCGGCUUCGCCUCCGCCGAGCCCGGCUCCAAGUUCCAGGCCACCUACACCAAGUCCAUCAAGGAGGAGCCCUACAACCUCUCCGUCCUCGAGGUCUCCGACCCCAUCACCUUCCCCGGCCUCUUCAGCUCCCCCUCCGCCGCCUCCACCAACCUCACCGCGCUCCUCGAGAAGGCCGGCUGCAAGCACUUCGCGCGCCUCAUCGUUUCCUCCGGGGUCAUCAAGACGUACCAGGCGGCCAUGGACAAGGGGCUCACCCUCUUCGCGCCCAACGACGACGCGUUCCAGGCCAAGGGCCUGCCGGAUCUCAGCAAGCUCUCCAGCGCCGACCUCGUGGCGCUGCUGGAGUACCACGCCUUGCCGCAGUACGCGCCCAAGGCGUCGCUCAAGACCAUGAAGGGCGGCAUCCCGACCCUGGCCUCCACCGGCAAGGGCAAGUACGACCUCUCCGUGGUUGCCAAGGGCGACGACGUGUCCAUGGACACCGGCAUGGACAAGUCCCGCGUCGCGUCCACGGUGCUGGACGACACACCGGUGACCGUGCACACGGUGGACAGCGUGCUGCUGCCGCCGGAGCUCUUCGGUGGCGCCCCGUCGCCGGCACCCGGAGCGUCAGCCGAUUCACCAGCGUCGGCCCCUGCACCGGAAACCUCCUCCGCGCCGGCGCCCUCUCCCAAGCACGACAAGAAGAAGCCCAAAGGUAAGUCGCCAGCGCAUUCCCCACCCGCGCCGCCGGCCGAUUCCCCUGACAAUGCCCCCGCCGACGCGCCGGAUGGGGAGGGAGACGAGGAGGCGGACAAGGCCGACAGCAAGAACGGCGCGACCGCGGUGGGCAUGAGCAUUGCGGCCAUGGUGGCCUCUGUCGCUCUCGUCGGCGCGUCACUCCUCUGAUCCGCCCAAGCGUUCGACAUCGAGCGCUCGUUUUGUUUUCCUCUGGGCACGCAUGAUGUGAUGCACCUCGGUCUCGCUUGUGAGUUCUAGAGCCAUUGAAAUGCUCGUCCGAAGUUGUUAUACUUCUUCCUGGUUUGGAUCAUUUGGGCGAUUGUGAUAACCUUCCUUGGUAGUUUCAGUAGCUGCGUAGUAGUACUAGUACAAGUUUAUUGAGUUUGAUUUUGCUA